CUCGCGCACAUCGUCUGGAAAUGAUUCCGAUUCGGAAUUCACUGCCUUUUGCCACGUUGCUGCUGCUGCUGCUGCUGCUCUUGGCCACGGCCAAGGCCAGGGCCAGGCCCAAUGAAGCGACAGGUGAGGCGAGUCUCUACAACGAGGCUGACAACGUGAUCAAUGCGGACACCAAUACACUGCGCGACCAUCUGGCGACAGUACCAAAGGGCAAGCUGGUGCAGUUCAUAAACAUCUUCUGCGGCGACUGCCAACGCUUUGCGCCCACCUUCAAGGACGUGGCACGCGACCUGUACAAGUGGCAGCGCGUGCUCAGCAUUUAUGCCGUCGACUGUGCCCAGGAGAAGAACGUGCAGAUCUGUCGCGACUUUCAGGUCCUUAAGACCCCGACGCUGCGCUACUUUCCGGUAUACACUGGCAACGGGACAGGCAUCGACAUACCCACUGUCAAACCCAACGAAAUUAAAGACCUGUUGGCCGGGUAUUUGGCCAAAGACAUGAACUGGAACUUGCUGUACUUUGACCCCCUCAGAUCCGACAGCAAUGCGAAAACAACAAUCGGAGAUCACAAAGGUCCUGGCCAAGCCGCGGAGUACAUUGCACUCGUCCUACAGCCGAAGGGCUCGAACAUUGGCAGAGACACGAUCUUCGAACUGCUACCGCAUCCCGCGGUGGUCGUACGCCUUGUCGAUGAUGCCCAGACCUUUGCCAACUUCGGUCUGACGCCCCAAGGUCAGAAGUUGGCCAUCUUGGACUUGGCCGGCAACGUCCAGGCGCUGAAGGCCGCCCAAGAAACGAGCCAGGCUUAUGCGGCCAGCAUUGCCGAGUAUCUCGGCCAAAAGGGCCACACUCCCGUGCCCCCACUGCCCACGACUGUGGCACCGAAAGUGCGCACUGUCCGGAACAAGGAGCAGCAGGCAAUCCUGGCCACUGUGCUGCGAAGCGGACCGGCCAAGAUCUAUCGAGCCGAUCUGGAGCAGGCCAUCGACAAACUGCUGCACGUAGAGCUGCCAAAGGCAGACCUCAUACAGGGCAGCAAUCUGACGGCCCUGCGGGACAUUAUCGCCGUCCUGAGACACCUCAAUCCCCUGAACAAUAACGGCCAGGAGCUGCUCACGAACCUCCAUGGGUUCCUGCUCCCCAUCAACCGCCUGACGGGCAGCGAAUUCGCGGACCUGGUCAAGUCCACAGAGAAGAAGCUGGAGGGGAAUGUGUUCAAGGCGAAGCGCUAUGUUGGUUGCAUUGCCUCGCGUCCCUUCCUGCGCGGCUUCACCUGCUCCCUGUGGACGCUGUUCCACUACCUCACAGUCGCGGCGGCAAAGCCACCGUACUACCUUCAGGCCGGAUCCGUGCUCUCGGCCAUACACGGCUUUGCCAAGCACUUCUUCGGCUGCCGGGACUGUGCCGAUCAUUUCCUGGCUUUGGCAGAGCGCAAACACAUCGAGCGGGUGACGGACUACGAUGCCGAGAUCCUCUGGCUGUGGGAGGCCCACAACGAGGUCAACAAGCGUUUGGCCGGCGACACCACCGAGGAUCCCAAGUUCCCGAAGAUACAGUUUCCCAGCAAAAAGUAUUGCCCCGCCUGCACCAAUGAGAAUUCCCAGUGGAAUCGCACUGAAGUCUUGAAAUAUCUGAAGAUUAUCUACGACAAUAAGAACUUGAGCCCGUACGGUCUGCCCACCACAAGGGGAUACCCAUGAAUACGGCUACUAGAAACCUCGUAAAACCAAUCAUAAUAUGUAAGAGAACAGGCCGGGAAUAAAGAGUAAUAUUCAAGAAACCAUUA